AUGAACUCAAUAGCCUUGUCUAUAAUCGAGAAGCUAACGACAAGCUACUUAAGAGGAUUAGAGACAAAGGAUCAAGAUUCGUCAUUAAAAAGAAACAAAGAAGAUGUCCAUCUAGCCAAAUAUCUUGCAAAGGAUUCCGUCAUAUUCGACCAACUGCCAUCUGAAUUACUUUACUUCAGCUUAAUAAAAGAAAAAGAAAAAUCGGAAAUACUCUUCGAAGAUAAGAGUGCCUUGAAACAGGUGAAUGUUCCAUUGGAACAGUCGAAGAAAGUCGCAAAUAAACAAAAACAAGGAAAGAAAAAGAAGAAUAGUAAAAAUCAUGAAAAGGAUGUAAGCCAGUUGAUUGGAGGAAGUUUGAGUUAUGGGUACGAACAAUUUAGCCCUCCCAAGCAAGAGGAAAUAUAUCUGUUGGAAAAUAUGCUUCGAGCUAUUGAAUAUCUCGUGAGAGAAAAAGGCAAACCAUUGGAAGAUUUCAAAAUGCUUUCCCUAAGAAGAAAUUUACAUUUAUUAAUGACUAUUCCCAUUUCAAAGCAAACAACCAGCUUUAAUCUUAUCUACUGGAACGGUCUCAUAUUCCUUUCAUAUGAUUGGAAAUCAUCUGAGAAAUCAAAAGAAACCAGAAAAGAAAAUGCCAGCGAUAAGAGAGCCGAUAACUUAAGACUUCUUCAGUAUACUGGAUUUGCAUUUGAGAGGCUCAUCACAUCAUCACCGGCACUGGUGAGUUUCGAUGAUAAUAGUAUCACUUCUUUCUACAGCUUGGUCAGCCACAAAGUGGGUGAAAUUCCUAUCCAUUUUACAGCAGAGAUAGAUGCAUGCAAGGAUAUUACAAAGGACGGACUCUCCAACUACAUUGAAUUGAAGGCUAGAGCAAUCCCUUCCGGUCCCAAAGGGAGAGCCAAUAGCUCCUUUCAAAGGAAGCUACUUUCAGCUUAUUGUCAAAACAAGCUAAUUGGAAGCCAGAAUCUUGUAAUAGGAUUCCGUUCUCCAGAAUUGAAGGUAUCGUCUAUUAAAAGAUAUGAGACUAAUGAGCUUAACGGCAUUAUCAAUAAAGAACCAGUCUAUUUUACAGAAAAUUCGACUCUAAACUGCUCCAAAAUGGUGAAAUGGUACAAACUUGUGAUAUCAUGGAUUACGGAACAUAACCAAAUAACUACUGUAGACCACGAUGCCUCAGUUCCAUUGGCAUAUAGACUAGAAUUCACUUUGAAAGACAAAGUGAUGGAAUCGUGCUUGGAAAUUAACCCUGUUGAAGAGCAAGACGUCCAGAGUUUGAUCAAAGAAUUGAUUCCACCAUGGUUUCAGAAGUUUAUGAAUGAGAAUAAGAAUAAGAAACGAAAUGACUACAGAUAG